UUUAGUUACAUCAUCUCUUCCCUCACAUACUUCGGCUUGAUAUUCCAACUUCACAAACAUCGGCCAUGGCCAAGAACCACCUCAUCCUCCUCCUUGUCGCUGUUGCUACCUCCUUCGUGGCCUCUUCUGCCGCCCUCACUAGGAGCAACUCCAACGCUGCUCCAACGGUAUAUGAGAUGCUGGAGAAGUACAACUUCCCUCCAGGAAUCCUCCCCGAUAGUGUACAGAACUAUACCAUCAACGAAGGCGGCUCCUUCGAUGUGACCCUCGCAGGCGAGUGCCAGAUCGACGUCCGCGGCUUCACGCUUCGGUACCAAAGCAAAAUACAGGGAAACAUCCAGCCCAUGGUGAUCAACGGGCUGGAAGGGAUUAGCGUCAGCCUUGGAAUCAACCAUGUGGGCAUCAACUCUGUUGAAAGGGACGGCGAUCAGCUCAAGUUUAGCGCAGGCCUGAUAUCCAAGUCGUUCCCGGUUGGCAGCUUCGCCAAGAGCCCACGCUGCAACCCGGGCCCCGGAUCCCCUUAGUAGACGCAGCAGGAAAUUAUUGAUUCGUUGAAUUUUGUAACUCCUAUGAUGUUGUUGUCUGUUGUUGCUUCGACACUAUUCUUAAUAAAAUCUUGAAAUGUUACA